AUGUUCUUGAUCAAAAACCUCGCACGGAGCAGAUCUUCGGUGGUGACCGGAUUUAGAAACCCUGCAGGAUCAUUCACUCUCUCCUCCCGUUUCUGCACCACUCUGCAUCAGCAGCAGAAAGAGACUCAGAUUCAAUCCACGGCUACAAAUGGUGUAGAUCGGAAUCAAUACGAAGGUUUAGGACCGACGAGAGAAGGAGAGAAGCCGAGAGUGGUGGUUCUCGGGUCGGGUUGGGCUGGUUGUCGAUUGAUGAAAGGGAUCGAUACGAGCAUCUACGACGUCGUUUGCGUUUCCCCUAGAAACCACAUGGUCUUCACUCCUCUCCUUGCUUCCACUUGCGUUGGUACUCUCGAAUUCAGGUCUGUUGCUGAGCCUAUCUCUAGUAUUCAACCCGCGAUUUCACGAGAACCUGGCUCUUACUUCUUCCUCGCCAAUUGCUCUCGACUCGAUGCCGAGACCCACGAGAUUCACUGUGAGACUCUUACUGAUGGUUUGGACACAUUAAAGCCAUGGAAGUUCAAGAUCGCUUACGACAAGCUUGUGGUAGCUUGCGGUGCAGAGGCGUCAACGUUUGGAAUUCAGGGGGUCAUAGAGAAUGCGAUCUUUCUACGAGAGGUUCACCAUGCUCAGGAGAUUCGCAGGAGGCUUCUUUUAAACCUCAUGCUCUCUGAUACUCCUGGCAUAUCGAAAGAGGAGAAAAAGAGGCUGUUACAUUGCGUUGUGGUUGGAGGUGGACCAACUGGGGUUGAGUUUAGCGGUGAACUGAGUGACUUUAUUAUCAAAGAUGUUCGUCAGCGAUAUGCCCAUGUGAAGGACGACAUUCACGUUACUUUGAUAGAAGCCAAGGAUAUACUUUCAUCGUUCGAUGAUCGUCUCAGACGUUAUGCUAUCAAGCAGUUGAACAAGUCUGGAGUGCGGUUUGUGCGUGGGAUUGUGAAAGAUGUGAAGCCUCAGAAGCUAAUACUUGACGAUGGCACUGAAGUUCCCUAUGGACUCUUAGUGUGGUCCACUGGUGUCGGUCCUUCUCCUUUCGUUAGGUCUCUUGAUCUUCCAAAAGGUCCUGGUGGAAGGAUUGGCAUUGACGAAUGGAUGCGCGUACCUUCUGUACAAGACGUGUUUGCCAUUGGUGACUGCAGCGGAUAUCUGGAGACCACCGGAAAACCAACCCUUCCUGCUCUUGCUCAGGUAGCUGAGAGAGAAGGCAAAUACUUGUCGAAUCUACUAAAUGAGAUCGGGAAAGCCCAUGGAGGACGAGCCAACAGCGCAAAGGAGAUAGAACUUGGAGUUCCCUUUGUGUAUAAGCACAUGGGAAGCAUGGCUACAAUCGGUAGAUACAAAGCCCUAGUUGACCUCCGCGAGAGCAAGGACGCAAAAGGAAUAUCAAUGACGGGUUUCGUGAGCUGGUUCAUAUGGAGAUCGGCGUAUCUGACUCGAGUCAUCAGCUGGAGAAACCGCUUCUAUGUCGCCAUCAACUGGUUCACCACUUUUGUCUUUGGCCGUGACAUUAGCCGAAUCUGA